AUGUCAAUACUUUCAAACGCACAUGGCAAGGUAUAGGUUAGAGUGAAGGGGGCAUUUCUAGACAUUUUAAACAUUAAAAAAUGGAUUACGACAAUGUGUUCUGUGAUGCAGAUGAAACUGAUCCGAUUUCAUAUGAAAAUAAUGUUGACGUUCAACUUUCAAAGCUUAAACUCACUGAGACUAACCCAGAUGAGACUGAAACAUUUAACGAAGAAUUAGAAGAUGAGGAAGAUUAUUACGAAGAUGAUGAGAAUGAAGACAGUAAUGACGAAUGGGCACCACAAUGGCAAACAAAAACUGAUACGAAUGUACAAAGUGGUACAAAUAAAGUGGUGAACUAUCAACCCCCUGAUAAAUUAUUUAAAAAAUUCACAAACAAAAUUAAUGUUGACAAAUAUGAAGCACCGAAUUUACCAAAUCAUGCUGCAAAUAUCCUCAAGGAGAGUGAAAAACGUGCUUCAGCUGAUCGAAUCCGUACUAAAGAUAAAAAUGAUCGUGCAACUGCUGAACAAGUUAUGGAUCCACGUACUCGAAUGAUCUUAUUUAAAUUACUUAGUAAAGGUACCAUUCUUGAAAUUAACGGAUGUAUUUCCACGGGAAAAGAAGCGAAUGUAUACCAUGCCACAUCAAAUAAUGGUCCUGAUUUGGCCAUCAAAAUAUUUAAAACUUCCAUUCUAGUUUUCAAAGAUCGUGAUAAAUAUGUGAGCGGUGAAUUUCGAUUUCGUCAUGGUUACUGUCGACAUAACCCACGCAAGAUGGUACGUACAUGGGCUGAAAAAGAAAUGCGAAAUUUGGUACGAAUGCACACAGCCGGUUUACCAGUUCCUGAACCGAUUUUAUUACGUAGCCAUGUGUUAAUUAUGAAAUUUAUUGGACAAGAUGGUUGGCCAGCUCCAAAACUCAAAGAUGUGGAACUAAAUCAAUCCAAAGCAUGUGCUUUAUACCGUGAAUGCGUUGUAAUGAUGUGGGAGAUCUACAAUAAGUGUAAAUUAGUUCAUGCAGAUUUAUCUGAAUUUAAUUUGUUGUAUCAUGAUGGCAAAAUUGUUAUAAUCGAUGUUUCGCAAUCGGUUGAACACGAUCAUCCACAUGCGUUAGAAUUUCUUCGAAAAGAUUGUACAAAUAUAUCUGAUUUCUUCCGUAAAAAUAAUGUUGCAACAAUGACGAUCAAAGAAUUAUUUGAUUUUAUUACUGAUCCCACGAUUAACGAAAAUAAUAUGGACGCUGUUUUGGAGAAAAUAAGUGAAAAAAGUGCAGAACGUAGUUUUGAAGAUAUGUCUGCACAAGAGGCGGUUGAAGAAGCUGUUUUUAUGCAACGUUUCAUACCAAAACGUUUAAUGGAAGUGGUUGAUUUUGAACGAGAUAUUGCUAAAGCUAAAACUGGUGAAGGUGAUGAUUUAAUUUAUAAAAAAUUAACUGGACUAAAAUCUGAUUUGAGUGGAGCAGCUGUUAAUCCUGAUAUAUUGAGUUCUGAUGAGAAUUCAUCGGAAUCUGAUUCAGAUUCCGAAAAUCCGGAAAGUAGUAAAUUUGUAAAUGCUGCUCGGCCACGGGAUGAAUCACCGAAUAGUAAGAAGGCUCGUAAACAAGCGGUAAAAGAUGCACAAGCUGAAAAACGGAAAACUAAAUUAAAGAAACAUAUUAAAAAACGAAAGGAAAAAGUUGGGAGUAAAAAGAAAUAAAUG